GCUCGCUCCGGGGGGAGCGGCGGGGGCUGUGUUCCGCGGAAGGGAAGGAGGAAGCAGGGCGGAAAACUCUUGAGUAACUUUGAAAGCCGCUGCUGUGACUUCAGCAGCUGAGAGAUGAUGUCCCGGGCUUUUGUAAUCGGGAGAAGUAACUAAGACAUUUCAUUAGGGCUUUAAGCGGUUUGUAAUAUGCUUCUCAUAGAGGCAGUUUACUCGUUGUCGGGGCUUUUUCCAGUUCCUGAGUUUCUCCUCCCCUAUUCCAUUUGAAAAUACAUUAGAAAAACCCCUUAUUUGUCUGCUGACCUGAAGAACUUCUGCAUCCCAUCACUUUUCUGUUUCCCCUCUUGGAAAGGUAUUGCAGGAUGUUGUGCCAAAACAACUACUGCACCACUGGAUCGAGUAAAGAUUUUGCUGCAAGCUCAUAACCACCAUUACAAACAUCUAGGAGUGUUUUCUACACUGUGUGCUGUCCCCAAAAAGGAAGGUUACCUUGGGCUGUAUAAAGGAAAUGGGGCAAUGAUGAUUAGAAUCUUCCCAUAUGGUGCAAUUCAGUUUAUGGCAUUUGACCAGUAUAAAAAGGUAAUAAAGAAGCAGCUUGGGAUUUCAGGGCAUGUGCAUCGAUUAAUGGCUGGAUCCAUGGCAGGUAUUACAGCAGUGAUUUGUACUUACCCUCUUGAUAUGGUUAGAGUUCGUCUGGCGUUCCAAGUAAAAGGGGAACACAAGUACAUGGGGAUUAUCCAUGCAUUCAAGAUGAUUUACACAAAGGAAGGUGGUUUUAGUGGAUUCUACAGAGGGCUGACGCCAACUGUUGUAGGAAUGGCACCAUAUGCGGGUUUUUCAUUUUUUACCUUUGGUACCUUAAAGAGCAUUGGACUUGCUCAAGCACCUAACUUGCUUGGACGGCCUUCAUUAGAUAAUCCUGAUGUCUUAGUUUUGAAAACACAUGUAAAUCUGCUGUGUGGUGGCAUAGCUGGAGCAAUAGCUCAGACGAUAUCGUGUGUUCUCCCUCCAGCGUUUUACAGUUUUAUACUCUCAUCUGAUCUUCAUGUGUCUUCCUUUACUUGUGCCAAAUGGAAUAUAUUAAAAGAUCUGAUUUACUGGUUUUGGUUGUAUAGGGGAAGUCUCCCUUUUUGGAGAACUUUCAGCUGUGUUGAGAAUCUGAGCUGGAUUUCUGACUCACUGAAAAGGGAGCUUGGAGGUUGCACAUGGACUGCUUUGUAUUCUUUUUUAAACUAGUCAUCACACAUCUGGCUGAAGUGCUGUUCAAAUAUCUCCU